UUCUUUCACUAGCACAGGGGUGGUGUAUAAGCCAGGAAAGUUCCUCACAAUAGUGGGACCAUUCCCCCGCUUACAUGUUGUUUCCAAAUAAGCUGUUGCCCCUAAAAUACCAGAGUGUUUGGAGUCUUUACUUGGCUUUAACAUCUGGUUCAGGGAGGUAAAAAAAUCUCCAACAGGAUUCACAGGAUAAAACGGGGUAGUUUUGUGGAUAUAUUUGGAAAUAGGUGAUAUUGGGAAUACUCAGGAGCCCUGGCCCUAGAUCACAGUAACCUUUUGAGUCUGUACAGGCCUGAUCCAAACCCAUUGAAAUCAAUGGGAGACUUUCCAUUGGCUUCAGUGAGAUUUAGCUCAGCCCCUUAUUGCUAAAAACAAUUCCAUUAAUUCUGAAAGUGAACAUCAACAGGGAGGUUUCUUAGCUAAAGACAGGCCAUUUCCUGUGGUAGAAACAUUUGCAGCUGUAGUAUUUAGUCUGCAGCCAUCUCUUGCUUGGGUCAGCAGCCUGCCCGGGAAUCGCAGCCACUCGGGGAAGUCAGCCGCACCGGGGAAGUUGGAACCAUGCUGAGGCCUCUGCUGAUCCCCUUGACAUAUUUCUGUCUUCAGACCUGGCUGGGAAUCCCUCAGGCAAAAUGCCAGGUGGAGCUGAGCAUGAUGGAUGACGCUUUUGAUGACCAAUAUAUAGAAUGUGCUGAAGAAAUGGAUGGAAUUGCACCUGAACUGCUAAAGGAAGAAAAGUUCAUGCCCUCAGUGUUUAGCAGGGUGUGGGAAAACUCAGAACAAAAAUGGGAACUUGUAAAGAAAAAGAUUCCUCUGCCCACAGGCUUUAAAGAUGAGCAUGGACGAGCCAUAAUAGCCUAUACUGACAAUGACUUUCACAGUGAGUUGAAUGCGGCAGUGAGAGAGAAUGGGACAUCUCGAGCUCAUUACAUGGCCAGUUUCCAGUUCAAAGCCUUUCAUUAUUACUUGACAAGAGCAUUACAGCUCUUACGAGGGAGGUGUGAUGUGAUGUACAAAAUGACGUUGUAUCGGGGAGUUUCUGUCAGAUUUCAGCACACGGGAUCAGGUCACAUUAGGUUUGGAUACUUCGCCUCUUCGUCUUUUGAUAAAAGAAUAGCUAAGAAAUUUGGCAAUGCCACAUUGUUCACUAUCCACACGUGCUUUGGUGCUGAGAUCAGGAACUUCUCACACUUUCAGGAGGAGGAAGAAGUGCUAAUCCCAGUCCAUGAGAUAUUCAAUGUGGCCCGAGGACAAGGGAGUAACAGCUUUGUCCUACGGAGCACAAACCGGACCUGCAGCCAUUUUAACUGCGCGUAUCUGGGCGGAGAAAAGGACCAAACAUGUGUUUACAACUCUGCUACCAGAAGAGGCCUGGCCUUCCCAGUGAGCUGAGCUCUUCACUGUUUGGAGGAUCCGUCAUCCUGGUCCACGUUGCUGCUCUGAAGCUGUUUGCCAGUUUCUAAACUGUCCUAUUUGUGUUACUCGCUUUUUCUCUCUAACACAAAUCAUGGUGAUGGGACUUGCCAGAUCCAAAGCCGUCCUGCUAUGCUGACAGCGUUCCAACCAGGAACAUAGGCGCCGACUUCCCCUUUGCCGGGUGGUGCUUGACGUCCCCCCUCUGACCCUGACCCCGCCCCGUCCCUGCCUCUUCCUGCCCCUGCACCACCCUCGCCCCGCCCCAUUCCACCACUUCCCCAAAGUCCCCAGCCCCAUU